CACAAACCACCAAUUCAAUCACCCCGUGACAACAUAAAACUCCCAACCCCCCCAUACGACAAGACACAAAGAAAAACCAGACCUUCAACCUCUGCCAUGGCUUCUCUAACCUGUCUUCCUUGUACUCUACCCACUGUCUCCCCCUCUUCUUCUUCUUCUUCUUGCACCACGUGUCUUGUUGCGGGCAACCCAAAACGAGGUCGUUUCGGUUUGAAGAACAGCCACCGCAGACAAAGCUUUGCUCUGACUACCAGAGCUGCUGUUGACGGCGUCUCUGGUGCUGUGGACGAUGUUUCUAGUGCGGCUAAAGGCGCCGUGGAUGACGUCACGUCUCUGGGAAGAUCGCCGUUAAAGCUCAAGUUAUUGAGUGCUGUUGCCGGGCUAAAUAAUGGUCUUGCAGCGAGUGAAGAUGAUCUACGAAAGGCAGAUGCUGCUGCCAAGGAGCUUGAAGCUGCUGGAGGCCCAGUGGAUCUCUCAACUGAUCUUGAUAAACUGCAAGGGAGAUGGAAACUGGUAUAUAGCAGUGCAUUUUCUUCUCGUACUCUUGGCGGGAGCCGCCCUGGGCCUCCCAUUGGAAGGCUCCUCCCAAUUAGUCUCGGCCAGGUAUUUCAACGGAUUGACAUCGUAAGCAAAGACUUUGAUAACAUAGUGGAGGUUCAACUAGGUGCUCCAUGGCCCCUGCCGCCUAUUGAUGUAACUGCCACUUUAGCCCACAAAUUUGAACUCAUAGGCACCGCAAGGGUUAAGAUCAAAUUCGACAAAACCACUGUAAAGACAACUGGAAGCUUAUCACAACUUCCUCCAUUAGAGAUUCCUAGGAUACCUGAUGGACUAAGGCCAUCAUCUAACCCUGGCAGUGGUGAAUUUGAAGUAACCUAUGUUGAUACCGAUACCCGAAUCACUAGAGGAGAUAGAGAUGAGCUAAGGGUUUUUGUGAUUGCUUGAGUCCUGGUAGUUUCUCUUUCAAGGCCACUGUAUCACCAACUAUUUAUCUCACAUGUUCUUUGGGGUCCCUUACCGUUUUGAUUGUAUAUGCAUGAACACAGCUGGAGAGAAAUUCCAAGAGCAGUGUAUACUUGUAAAUUUGUCAUCCAUACGGUGAAUCUUAUUUGUCACUCUUAUCUGCA